AUGGUUGGGGCGUUGCAGCGUAUCGCUUGUGUCAAUGCUGCUCCUGUUUGUCAGGGAUUACCAUUAGAGAGUUUGCGAGCUCUAGGUGGUAAAGAAUUUCAAGGAGUUAGGGGUGGAGACCCUACUUGUGCUGAGUAUUGGUUAGAAGGAGUUGUUUGUAUCCUUGGUCAGAUGGGCUGUUUUGAUGAGGAUAAGGUUAGAUGUGUAAGGUCAUUACUUUUAGAUGAGGGUCAUCGUUGGUGGAUGACUGUCAAGCGUGGUACUGUGUGCGAGAGAGUGGCUUGGGACUUUUUCCUAGAGUCUUUCCAGAUGAAGUUUAUGAGAGAGCAGUAUUUGGAGGCAAAGAGACGCGAGUUCAUGGAUUUAGUCCAGGGUACUUUGUCUCUGGACGAGUACGAAGCUGAGCUAGUGCAUUUAAGCCAGUAUGCGCCUGACUUGGUGGCUCACAAGGUGAGUUGUUGUAAGAGGUUCAGGUUUGGACUGAACUGUGAGAUUAAGUUGCAUCUGGUAGCACAGUCUGUUGAGGUCUUUGAUAAGUUGGUUGAGAACGCCUAUGCUUUAGAGGAGACUUUGGGGGAGGAGCCCAAAACUAUUUCUGUUGGUGCUGUUAAGAGGAUGUCUGAGUCUUUUAGUGGAUCUAACCAGAAGGGAAAGAGAGGUCGUUUUAGGAGGUCAGGAUGGCGUGGUGCUAUAGGCCGAACACCUGCUUCAGCUCGAGAGAGGGGCCAUGGCAGAAGUGAUAGUGGUAGAGGUGUUGCCUUAGUUGAUUCGGGUGCUACGAGAUCGUUUAUUCUGAGUGAUGUAGUUCGAAAGUUAGGGAUUCUUGUAGAGACAUAUAGGUUGCGUUUUACGGUUAAGAGCCCUCUAGGUGAUAGUGUAGCGGUGGAUUGGGUUUACCGUUGUUGCCCUCUGAUGGUUCAGAGGAUGGAUUGGUUGACCAGGCAUCGGUUGAAGGUUGAUUGUGAAGUUAAGAUGGUGACUUUGUGUUGCUUAGAUGGUUCCAAAGUUGUUGUUAGAGAGAAGUUCAAGUUGCUUUCUAAUGUGAUUUCUUUGCUUAGAGCCGAGAAGCUGGUCCAGAAAGGUUACAAAGCUUAUCUAACCUAUGUCUUGAAUGUUGAUAGUAAGGAGUUGAGAUUGGAUAAGAUUCGAGCUGCCUGUGAUUUUCUGAAUAUGUUUCCUGAAGGGUUGCCUAGUUUACCGCCAAAUAGAGAAGUUGAGUUCGAUAUUGAGCUCUAUCUCGAUAUAGCUUCGGUUUCAAUUACGCUCUAUCACAUGGCACCUAAGGAAUUGAAAGAGUUGAAGCUUCAGUUGUAA